AUGUGGGGAGCCAUCAUCGACGACCUCUGCGAAAUGGUCUCCAAGAUGUCUAUGCCAGCCAGCGCCACGGACUCUAGAUCCACGGCGCGAGUGUUGACGGACAACUUGUUCGUCGAGAAAGCCUCAGGCCUCACGGACGCUGAAGUGCGUCAGGCAGUAAAGACGUGGCUUAGUGUAGAGGACGACCCAGAGGUGUUGGAGGAAGAAAUAGCAAUGGAACUGCAGGCUGUAGACGAGCAACUGGCCGGCCCUGUUCGAGGAAAGGGGAAACGGCCUGCUGCGGCUACCACAAGGGCGAGCGGUAGCACAGGGAAACGGCCUGCACCUUCGGCGGCCACCGCAGCGGCGGGUAACGCGCCUGCAGCGGGGGCGGCUACCGCGCCUGCAACGGGGGCGGGCGCCAGCGCGAGGAAACAGCCUCACGCGGCCGCGGGGGCGGGGAGGAGCGCCGCCGCCGCCGCCAAAAAAGGCAAGGCGAAGCCCGGAUCAGGUCACGGCCAAAACAAACUCACAACGGGCCAGCGCCUACAGCUAGUUAGGGACGUCCAGGCUGGCAAACAAAGGAGCAAGGUGGCGGCCACGUACGGCGUCACGACGUCGUACAUCAGCAAGUUGAUGAAGCCCGACAAGUUGGCCGAGCUUCACAAGUCCCGCGAUUCGGAACUCAACCUGGACGCCCUUCGAACACCAACGCCCGUGCACGACGAUCUGGAAAAGCGUUUGCUCCAAUGGAUCAAGGUGGCACGAGCGCGAUUCGAGACAACCAAGAUUGGGUUGAGCGGCAUCAUGAUCCAGACCCAGGCAACAAAGUUCGCGUCGGAGAUGGGCAAGAAGGACUUCACGGCAAGCAAGGGCUGGCUACAUCGCUUCCUCAAGCGCUACGGCUUCAAGCACAUCAACCUGCAUGGCGAAGCUGGCGACGUGGACAAGACGAAGUAUGAGGAGCAGAUCGCGAAGAUCCGGGAGCAGCUGGAGGGGUUCGACGUCGAGCUCAUCUUCAACAUGGACGAGACGGGGCUUUUCUUCCGCUGUUUCCCGAGAGGCACGUAUGUCACGAGGGCAGAGGAUGCUGCAGGGGUCAACAGGAAAACCGCACGAGGUUCGAAGGCCAUGAAGGCCAAGGACCGAUGCACAGUUGUCGCCUGCUGCAACACCACCGGGUCGCUCAAGGUGCCGCUGGCCGUUAUCAGCACGGCAAAAAACCCGAUGGUUUUCCGGCAUAUUCGCAGAUCACCAAUCCCCUACUACUCCCAGCAAAGUGCCUGGCUCGACUCAACACUCUGUCAGCGGUGGUUCGACGAGGUUUUCGUCCCCUUUGUGAAGAAGACCACUGGGAAGAAGGUGGUGCUCUUGUGGGACAACUGCCCAGGCCACAAGAUCAAGAACGACGACCCGCAGAUCAUCAUCAUCUUCCUGCCCCCGAACGUCACGUCCGUCUUUCAACCCAUGGACAUGGGGAUCCUGUUUGCCCUCAAGUGCCAGUACAAGACCGAGAUGGUGGCGAGACUGGCGGAUCUCAUCGACGUGUGGGACGCAGUGCGCGCGCGAAAAAUCAGAAGGGGCUGCCGGGGCCUGAACGAUGCGGGCCAGGCGACAAUGCUGGAUGUGACGGAGAUUCUGUCGGAGAAGUGGGAGAGCUUCUCGAGCCAGACUGUCAUCAGGUGCUGGCUCAAGGCCAACAUCCUUCCCAGGGAGCACGAAAACGCGCUCAAGGGCAAGGACACGCGGCUGGACCGAGAGGACAAGGAGGACACGGCCAUCAUCGACGACCUCUGCGAAAUGGUCUCCAAGAUGUCUAUGCCAGCCAGCGCCACGGACUCUAGAUCCACGGCGCGAGUGUUGACGGACAACUUGUUCGUCGAGAAAGCCUCAGGCCUCACGGACGCUGAAGUGCGUCAGGCAGUAAAGACGUGGCUUAGUGUAGAGGACGACCCAGAGGUGUUGGAGGAAGAAAUAGCAAUGGAACUGCAGGCUGUAGACGAGCAACUGGCCGGCGUAACCCUCGAUGACGAUGUACCCAGCGAAGAGGAAGACGACGACGGGGGGUGAGGUGCAGGCCACUCUUGGCGAUAUGUGGGGGCGAUAGUUUUU